CGAAUUUCACGUUUUCUGGAAUCCUUUACAUUGAUAAAAUUCUAUCCUCCACACCAAAAAAAAGAGAAUAAAAAGUAAAUUGACCCACCAAAUGUCAAGUGCUGAUUGCAUGUAUAAAUAGACCUCCCCUACACAGUCUAGCUCCUCAAAUUGCCUCUUCUACUUACUUUCCUUGUCUAAUCUUUAAGAUCAUCAAAACAUAUACAUAUCAUGGAGACAGUGAGGGAAAUGGUUGGUAAUAGGCCACUGGUUAUAUUCAGCAGAAGCAAUUGCUUCAUGAGUCACACAGUGAUGACACUCAUUAGCAACUCUGGUGCAAACCCUACCAUUUACGAGCUCGACCGAAUCCCUAAUGGACAACAAAUUGAGAGGGAACUCCAGCAACUUGGGUAUCAGAAUGUACCAGUUGUGUUCAUAGGCCAACAAUUGAUUGGAGGAGAACAGCAAGUCAUGAGCCUUCAUAUGAGGAAGGAGCUUGUUCCACUCCUCAAAAGGGCAGGAGCAAUAUGGCUUUGAAAUUCAUCUAGAUAAGCACCUGCACCUGCACCUGAAUUUACUUACUUACCAUCCAACAUUACUAUACUAGCUAGCUGCAAUAGUAAAAUAAGUCGAUCUUGUUUUGAUAGAUACUACUUAACUAUCACUGUUGAAUGUUAAGUAAUAUACUGGUUGAAUGUUAAGUAAUAUACUGCUUGUCCAUCAAAAUAAAGUUACAAUAUUAACACUUGUUUGUACUAGGGCAACUAACGAGCCCAAUAUCACAUGAUCAAUAAGAGAUCACAGGUUCAAACC